AAAAAUUUCCAACGAAAAAAAAUGCGCAGCUGGCCUUAAAAGCCGAUCGAAGGAAGCCAUGAACAUCAACGGAAAGCAAUGGAUCCGCAGCCGUCGCCGGCGAUGCAUCUUGAUCUCCCUCGCCGUCUUCCUCUUCAUCGUGUUGCUCUUCGUCAUCCUCGGCGUCACCGUCUUCCGCGUUCGCGAAGCCACCACCACCGUCAACUCCGUCAAGCUCGGCGGCUUCAAAGCAGGUUUCAAUCUCCCCAACCUCGGCGUCGACCUCAACGUCACUCUCGAUCUCGACCUCACCGCUCACAACCCCAAUCACGCGAGCUUCCGCUACGGCGAGAGCUCCGCCGAGCUAUUCUACAAAGGUUCGCAGGUCGGCGAGGCGGCGAUUCCGCCUGGGCAGAUUAAUGCCGGCGGAUCGGAGCGGAUGAAUGUGUCGGUGACGAUCUUCGCCGGGAGGUUGAUUGGCGAUUCUGCUUUGUAUAGUGAUGUGCUAUCGGGAUCGCUUGUUUUCCAAACAACCACGAGGAUUCCCGGCAGGGUCUCGGUGCUGGGGAUUUUCAAGCAUCACAUUGUGACCUACAGCAGCUGCGAUGUUACUGUCAACGUCAGCAGCCGGACGGCGGACAAUUCGAAUUGCAGGUACAGGGCAAAGCUAUGAUUUCUGUGGCUCGUGUGUAUUAAUUGGGGCUUUGCUUUUUGGGGGAAUUUUGCUUUUAUGUACAUGAUAGUAGAGCUGUUUCUUGUGCUUGAAAUUAAUAUGUGAUACAUCAAUUAAAGCACCAUGAAGCAGUUCUUCGAUUAUUAUUGCUGGCAUGGGGAAUUUUAGCUAUUGCUCUGACUGUGGGUAUUAAUUGGGGCUUUGCUUUGUGGGGAAAUUUUACCUUUUUUGUACAUGAUAAUGGAGCUAUUUAUUAUGUCUAAAA